AUGAGUGGGGGAGCCACUCGAUCUCUUCUACAAUCAAAAAUGAUGAUGGUCUGCUUCUUGAUAGUUAUUUUGUUUUUUUUUGCAAACGAAGCACAUACUUCACAAUUAAAUUUAGAGGAUGCGCUAUUCUUGACAAAAAACUCAUUCAAAGAGCUAAAGGAGCAGUAUUUGUCGAAUGGGAUAGCCAAGGACCAGGUGAAGAAAAUACAUUACCAGGGAAGGAAUACAUUUGACAUAGAUCAUCCCUUUAAUAAUGUUGUUAAUUCAUUUUUCCCAAUAGACUCAGUCAUAGAGUAUAACAUUUCGAGCAGUGAUGAACCGGCGAACGAGUCCCUUCAUCAAAUGACUGCGAGAUAUGCUGCAUUUAGCCCUAUUUUGAAUGAAGAUUUGAAAAGCAAAUACUCAAUAUUUCCAUAUGACGCUUGUCAGAAGCUAAAUGAAACUGGUUACGAGAAAUUUCAAGAUAAAAUUUUAAUUCUACUAAGAGGUGGUUGCACCUUUGUUGAUAAGGUUACAAAUAUUAUUGAAUCAAGCAUUGAUCCAAAAGCGGUCAUAAUUGGCAACAACGAACCACAAAAGGGCUUGAUAACAAUGUAUCUGGCUACCUUUAAUGAUGACAAUAUGUUGCGGAUUCCUAUUUUGUUUGUGACGUAUGAGGACUAUCAAACCUUAAAGGAUCUUAAAAAGUUGGAUUUGGUUAUAUCUAUUAGUACUGCGGCAUUGGGAAGCUGGUUUAAUAUCUUGUUGUCUAUGGUUUUGUCGCCUCCACUAUUGAUAUUUUUAUUCUAUGCAUUCGUCAAAUUCUUUCAAAUGUGGCGUAGAAAGCAGAACAACAAGAAAAAUCAAAACUUAGUCAAGAAGCUACACGUCUACAUAUAUAAUCGAACGCAUUUGAUAGAUGCUAACUAUUUUGAUCAUUAUUUGAAAGUCACUGGCCAAGUAAAGCCGUCAGCAAUGCAUCUAUCAUCUUCACUGAGGUCAGCUUCAAAUGAACCGAGCCCAGCGUCUUCGAGAAGCUCCUUGAAUGGCUUAGUAAUUAACGGCGUCAAUCUUAAGGGAUCAUCGAAUCUGCUACAUGUUUUGGUGGCACCUGAAGACUUUUAUCCGACUUAUAAAUGUUCCAUUUGCCUCGAAAAGUUCGUUCCCUUACAGUCGAGAGUCUUAUUAUUGGACUGUAAGCAUUUAUAUCAUGAGACAUGUUUAUCAAACUGGUUGAUCAAUUUUAGGCGAAGCUGCCCUUUAUGUAAUAAUACAUUUGAUCGAAACAAAAUACCUUAUGUUCUGCACAGUCUUGGAGGAUCUGGAUACGGCAGCGUCGAUCACGUUGAUAAUGAAUUUCUGGGAAUGGGUGCCAGUCGGUCAGAUUUAUCCUUGGAGGCUGAAAACCAAGAACAAGUCAUACCAUUUGAAGCACCUUCGCCGAAUAAUGGAGUUAUUAUCCAGGAUGAGCCCGAAUCAAAUGCUAUAUCUCAACAUAUGGGAUCUUCAUCACAGACGGAACAGAAAUUGGUACCAGAGCCGGCUCUGGUACAUCCACCGUCCUCUUCUAAAAGCACAUCUGACUCCGUUCGCUCGAAUGUGUCUUUCUUCUCAGCAAAGUCGCAAUCAGAUCCUACUAAUAUGUCUACUUUUCAUCAUUACAGUAGGCCACUGCAGGUUCUAAGCAGGUUUGCUUCUUUCGCAAGUUCCGAUUCUGGUAAGGAACUAAGUCAAAGUAUAGACUCCAACGAUUUUGUCACAGCGAAAUCUGCCCUCGCAUCUCCAGUAAGGCUCAGUAGCCAGGACUCGACAUCAAGAGAUACAGAUAUCUCUGCUCUUUCUGACUCUACAAUCACGGAAGAGCCUCAUGUUACAUAA